AUAGAUAUAUAGUAUCUGUUGGAAAGCCUUGAUCUCAUUAGGACAGUGCUCAAUUUAGGAUCAACAACUUUUUUUUUUUGAAAAAGGAACAAGAUAUUCAGUCUAACAGAUGGAACUAAAAAUACAUAUGGAAUACUAAUUCUUGGAAGAGUGCACAAUUUUAUCUGUUAUCCAAUAAUAGGAUAUUUUAACUCUUGGAAUAUACAUUUUUAUCGUUUAAAGAGUGUAUUUUCUUAAUACAAGCAUCCAUGUUUAUCAGUUUUUGUAUAUCUUCAAGAUGAUACUACAAUAUUUCACAUUGAAACCUGAAAAGAAAAUGUUAUUUUCUUCCAGGAACGUAAAAUUAACUGAUAGUUCUAUUAAUUUCAUCAUCAACAAAUGAACUACAUUAAAUAAACUAUUUAUUAGAAAAUUCUACUGGUGAUAUAUAUGUAUUUUUAAAACUAUUUGAUAAUGAUAUCAACCAGUGAUUCGAUAACUAAUCAAGAUAUUAAUAAUCAUCCUAUAAAUGUACAAAAUAAACAAUCAAAUAUUGAUCAAAGAUUAAAUCGUGAUCCUAAAUAUGAAACAAUUAAUCAAUUAGCUAAAGAUACAUUGAAUAUUGAAUUACCAGAAUCACAAAGUUCAACAAAUCGUGCACUUUUUGUUUUUUCAAAAAAUAAUUUAAUACGUAAAGCAGCACGUAGCAUAAUUGAAUGGGGACCAUUUGAAUAUAUGGUUCUAUCAACUAUCAUAGCUAAUUGUGUUGUCCUAGCAAUGGAAGUUCAUUUGCCAAAUAAAGAUAAACGUCCAUUAUCUGAAAAAUUGGAAAUCACUGAAAACUACUUUUUGGGAAUUUUUACCUGUGAAGCUUUCUUGAAAAUUAUUGCAUUAGGAUUUAUUCUACACAGUGGAUCUUAUUUAAGAAAUAUAUGGAAUAUUUUAGAUUUCGUUGUUGUAGUCACUGGAUUUCUUACAAUGUUCAUGACCAGUGGAAGUGGAGUGAAUUUACGAACACUUCGGGCUGUACGUGUACUGCGUCCUCUCAAAUUAGUAUCAGGUGUACCAAGUCUCCAAGUAGUUUUAACAUCGAUUAUCAAAGCAAUGGCACCAUUAUUACAAAUUGGAAUAUUAGUAUUAUUUGCUAUAUUAAUAUUUGCAAUUGUUGGAUUAGAAUUUUACUCUGGUGUCUUUCAUGUAACAUGCUUUGAACAAAGUAAUCCAACGGAAUUGCCAAGUUUCAUACCAGAUGCACCUGGUUUAGUACCAUGUCAAGCGGUGGAUACCCAUACACGACCACCAGGAGCAUUUAUUUGUCCAGCUGGUUAUAUAUGCAAAGGUUAUUGGGAGGGACCAAAUUAUGGCAUAACAAGUUUCGAUAAUAUCGGUUAUGCAAUGUUAACAGUAUUCCAGUGUAUUACAAUGGAAGGAUGGACAGAUGUACUAUAUAUGACCAAUCGAACAUAUGGAUCACGUUUCAACUGGAUUUAUUUUAUACCUUUAAUUGUAAUUGGAGCAUUUCUAUUGAUCAAUUUAGUACUUGGUGUUUUAAGUGGUGAAUUCGCUAAAGAACGUGAACGUGUGGAAAAAAGGCGUGCUUUUUUGAAAUUACGCAGGCAACAACAAUCUGAUCGUGAAUUAAACGGUUAUCUAGAUUGGAUACAACGAGCCGAGGAAGUUAUUUUAGCUGAAGAACAAACUUCAUUUGCACAACGAUUAAAAAUUAUCAAAGCUAGAAAAAGAGCAGAAAAGGUACGAAGAAGAUCGAACGAUGCUGAGAAACGUGCCAUAGCUGCUGAAUUGGAAAAUUAUGAGGCUGAAUUAAAAGCUAAACGAAACUUUAAAAUACCCGGAAGUGAAGCUUUAUUUCAAUAUCAUAAACGAUUUCGAUUUGCAGUUCGUCGUCUUAUCAAAUCACAAAAAUUUUACAUUAUUGUGAUUACACUCGUAUUGUUAAAUGCAUUAUGCGUUUCUGUAGAAUUCUAUGGUCAACCAGGAUGGCUUACAGAUUUCUUAUAUUUUUCAGAAUUCAUUUUUCUUGGUCUUUUUUUAUUUGAAAUGAUUAUAAAAAUCUAUGGAUUGGGUUGUUUGAUUUAUUUUCACUCAACAUUCAAUAUUUUUGACUUUGCUGUUGUUUUCGCUAGUUUAUUCGAAAUUGUAUGGCAAAUUUUCUAUCCAUCUGAUUCAUUCGGAUUUUCCGCUUUACGUAGUAUACGUUUAUUGAGAAUAUUUAAAAUUACAAGAUACUGGGCAUCAUUACGUAAUCUGGUAUUAUCUUUAUUAAAUGCUAUGAGAAGUAUACUCAGUCUUCUAUUUCUACUUUUCUUAUUUAUGUUAAUAUUUGCUUUACUUGGAAUGCAAUUAUUUGGUGGAGAGUUUAAUUUUGACGACGGUAAACCAGGUCAAAAUUUUGAUACAUUUGUAAAAGCCUUAUUAACUGUAUUUCAAAUUUUAACUGGUGAAGAUUGGAAUAUGAUUAUGUACGAUGGAAUACGUUCUCAAGGUGGUGUAAAUAAUGGAGGAUUUGUAUAUUGUAUUUAUUUUGUAUUAUUAGUAUUGUUUGGCAAUUAUACUUUGCUAAAUGUAUUUUUAGCCAUUGCUGUAGAUAAUUUAGCUAAUGCACAAGAAUUGACAGCAGCUGAAGAAGAGGAACAACGUUUAGCGAAUGAGAUAGCGGAACAACAAGAAGAUAAGGAAAAUCUCAAAGCCGAUUUGAAUCAACCACAAACUAUUGAAAUAAAUCAAAUCAAUGAAAGAAAAUAUUCCGGAUUCGAAGAAUUCGGAAAAUCUAUUACAGCACAAAUGGGAAAUAAAUACUGUGAUAACUAUAGCACAAUGCAGAAAUUUCAAACAGAUAUUGAACUAGGUCGAGAGCAAGACACACAAGCAAAUCGAGAGUCUCAAACACAACAUCAAUUAUAUGGCAAGCCAAUGCUUCCUUACAGUUCAAUGUUUAUAUUUUCUUCAACAAAUCCUGUUCGUCGAUUUUGUCAUUUUGUAGUGAAUCUACGAUAUUUUGAUUUAUUCAUAAUGAUUGUUAUUGUAUCAAGUAGUCUUGCAUUGGCUGCUGAAGAUCCAGUCAGUGAAAAUAGUAUACGAAACUGUUUAUUAGAAUAUUUUGAUCACGCUUUUACAUGUGUAUUCGCUAUUGAAAUGUUAUUGAAGUUAAUUGAUCUCGGUGUAUUUCUACACCCAUAUUCUUAUUGUCGUGAUACGUGGAAUUUAUUGGAUGCCGCUGUGGUGAUCGGUGCGUUAAUAUCAUUUUUUCGAGCUUAUACUUUGAAAGGUAGAGCUGGACAUGGAAGUAGUAAAAAUUUGAGUACAAUAAAGUCUUUACGUGUACUUCGAGUGUUAAGACCACUAAAAACCAUUCGAAGAGUACCGAAAUUAAAAGCUGUAUUCGAUUGUGUAGUUAGUUCAUUGAAAAAUGUUUGUAUUAUUCUUGUUGUAUAUAUAUUAUUUCAAUUUAUAUUCUCUAUUGUGGCAGUUCAAUUAUUUCAGGGAAAAUUUUUCUAUUGUAAUGAUUUAUCAAAACUUACAAAAGAAGAUUGUCAAGGUUAUUUCUUUUCAUAUGAUGACGGUCUAGUACCUGUUGUGAAAGCUCGAGUAUGGAGUUCACGUGAUUUUCAUUAUGAUAAUGUGAUCACAGCUAUGCUAACAUUAUUCACAGUGACAACUGGUGAAGGAUGGCCUGGAAUUUUGAAGAAUUCAAUGGAUGCUACUGAAGUGAAUCAUGGCCCAGUUGAAGAUCAUAGUCAACAAAUGGCAAUAUUCUAUAUCAUAUUUUUCAUUGUAUUCCCAUUCUUUUUUGUCAAUAUUUUUGUAGCUUUAAUUAUUAUAACAUUUCAAGAACAAGGUGAAAAUGAAUUAGUCGAUCAUGAAUUGGAUAAAAACCAAAAACAAUGUAUUGAAUUUGCAAUUAAUUCAAAACCUUUAUGUAGAUAUAUGCCUAGUAAUAUUGCAUCAACAAAAUAUCGAAUAUGGAGAUUAGUUGUUUCUAGUCCAUUUGAAUAUUAUAUCAUGACAAUGAUUGCAUUAAAUACUUUAAUUUUAAUGAUGAAAUAUUAUCGACCAGAUCAUACAGAUGCUAAUAUGGGCAUUCCAGACUGGGAAACACAAAAAUAUCAAAGUUAUUGUAGUACACUAGUUUAUUUGAAUACAGCAUUCACUGCGAUGUUUACAAUGGAAUGUUUAUUAAAAUUAAUUGCAUUCGGACCAAAAAGUUAUUUUCGUGAUUCAUGGAAUACGUUUGAUUUUAUUACGGUAGUUGGUAGCAUAACCGAUGUACUUGUUUCUGAGUUACAGGAUUCAUCAUUUCUUAACUUGGGGUUUUUACGACUAUUUCGUGCAGCUCGUUUAAUCAAAUUAAUUAGACAAGGUUAUACAAUCAGAAUACUAUUAUGGACAUUUAUUCAAUCAUUUAAAGCACUACCCUAUGUUUGCCUACUUAUUACUAUGUUAUUCUUUAUAUAUGCUGUAGUAGGAAUGCAAAUAUUUGGUACAAUAGCUAUUAAUGAAGCUGAAGGACAAAUUACAAGUUACAAUAAUUUUCAUAGUUUCCCAUAUGCAGUUCUGUUAUUAUUUCGUUGUGCUACUGGUGAAUCAUGGCAAGAAAUAAUGCUUGCUUGUACAUAUGGACAAGAAUGUGUUAAUCGUGCAUCAAACAAUUGUGGAAGCAAUGCAUCCUAUACUUAUUUUGUAUCAUUUAAUUUCUUUUGCUCAUUUCUUAUGCUCAAUUUAUUUGUUGCUGUAAUUAUGGAUAAUUUUGAUUAUUUAACAAGAGAUUCAUCUAUACUGGGGUCACAUCAUUUAGAUGAAUUCAUACGUGUAUGGGCUGAAUAUGAUCCAGGUGCAAAGGGAAGAAUACAUUACACAGAAAUGUAUGAAAUGCUAAGAAAAUUAGAACCUCCAGUUGGAUUUGGUCAGAAUUGUCCAUACAGAUUAGCGUAUAAGAAAUUAAUCCGUAUGAAUAUGCCAUUAGAUAGUGCAGGAACUGUACAUUUCACAACAACACUGUUUGCUUUAGUUCGAGAAUCAUUAGGUAUUAAAAUGGCUCCAGCUGAAUUUAUGGAUAUUAAAGAUGCUGAAUUACGUGAAACCAUUAAAACAUUAUGGCCCGUACAAGCGAAACGGUCAUUAGACUUAUUGUUGCCACCAGAUUCAGAAUAUACAUUUACCCGUCUUACUGUUGGAAAAAUUUAUGCUGGACUAUUGAUUUAUGAAAAUUGGCAAAUGAAUAAAUCCACUGGCAAUAAAAAGAAUUUACAUCAAUUGAAUACUAAACCUAUACUUGAAGCAUGUUUAACUCAAAUGUUAGGACAUGAAUUGAAACUAAAUGGAGAGAAUAAUGAAAAUUAAGAAUAGCUAAAGCGUUAUAUCAUCCUAGUGAUAUUUUACGGGACUGUGUAUCGCAGGAUUUUGGCAUGUUGUAGAAUUUUUUGUAUUCAGGCUUUACAAUGAACUCAAAGCUUUCAGAAUAAAUGUCUUGAAACACAAUAGUUUAUGUUCUCAAUUCAUAUCACUUUCUAUAAUAUAAGUGCAUCAGAUGUUAUCAAUCAGUUGCUAUAUGCGAGAUCAUAGAUUGAAAAUGCUAAAGUAUCAAGACCAUGACAAAAACGGUUGCCCAUCAAUACAUGAUGGUUCUAACGAUUCUCCAACUGACGUCUGCUUGUGAUCGAAAUCCAUUUUAAAAAUAAAAAAGUCUCAUAGCUCAUUCAACUAAAAUCGUGUUCGUAAAAUAAUACUAUUUUGUAAAGGAUUAUGCACCGUAUUCACAGUUUUUAUAUUUGACACAAUUCAUUUCCAAUAAACUUAUUUUUUAAAUUAUUUAUCAUUAUUUUUAUCCCCAGUCCAUUUCAUCCUGCAAAUCGUCUACCAAACUGCAGUAAAGAACAUUCACGUUAUGGUAGUAAAGUGGAUCUUAGAUCCAUUAAUAUUAUGGAAAUAGAUCAUAUUCCUUUAGAAAAUAAUUACAAAGAGCAAACAUUGAAAUACAAACAGCACGAAAAAGAACUUGUAGAAAGAUUAAAUCAAAUCAAACAACAACAGUUAGACAAUAAUAAUGAUGAAUAUAUGAGAAAAAUAUCGAAAACCACUAGCGAAGUGACUAGAACUACUACUACUACUGCCAAUAAUGAUAAUAUUAAUAAUACCAGACAGAUCUUUCCAAAUAUUAUUACAUCACCUGAAGAAGAGAAAUGUAAUAAGACAUCUUCCACUGAACAAGAACAUAUUCAUAAAAGUUUAGGUUUUAUUAAUGCACUUAAUAACAAUAAUAAUAAUGACGACGAUGAUGAUGAUGAGAGAGAUGAUGUACAAAGUAUAGAUUAUUAUCUGUCACGAAAAUCAAUUCAUUCUUUCUCUACUACAACUAGUACAGAUUAUACAUAUUAUCCUAACGCACAUUCAAAUUACAAUCAGAAACCACAAACUACAUCACAAGCUCAAUAUAACUCUCGUACGAAUAAAAUUAAAGUAUACACAAAUAUGCCAGAUGCAGCAGUCAGUCAACAUAGUAACAAUAAUAAUUAUUAUGAUCACAACAAUAAGAUUUCUAGUGAAAAUCAAAAGUUAACAUUUUAUCCUCAUCCACCGGAAACAGAUAAUCAGUAUUUAACACCAAAUCACAUGUAUGAUAAACUUCGUAAACUCGAUAAUUUUUCAGAUAAAAGUAGAAGAGGAAUAGAAGAAGAAAGAAAGAGGGGAGUAUUUUGUAGAAAAUGUACAUACAAUACAUAUCAGCAACGUACAAAUCAGGCACAUUUAAAUUUCGCAGACGCAGUUCAUACGUUGGUAAAACAAGCCAAUGUUAUGGCUAAACGAAAUAGAAUCAAUAAAUAUUUACGUAAAAGUGCAAAAGAUGUUGACUGGGAUACACUUUCAUAUCAUAGAGUUAAUAUGAGUCCAAGAUCGUAUGAUCGUAAUACAAGGUAUUAUGGCAACAGUAUUUCAAGUCAUCAUAAACGCAAAAGAGUUUUGUAUGAUGAAAACCAUGAUGGUUAUAAGAGCUUUUACUUAAAUUUGCCAAAUAAUUAUUCAUUAGUUUCGUAUGAUAUGCCACAGUGUAGUUCAGCAAGAGAUGAUGAAACAGAUGAAAAUAAUUCAUUUAACGAAGGAUUUCGUAUAACUGAUUUAGAACAUCAACAAGAUAGUCCAACGGUUUAUGAUGAAGCAUAUGAUCAACCCUAUGCAACGCAAAUUGAAAGAUCCGCAUCAAUUCAUGAAAUAUGUCAAAAAAAUGAAAAUAAGACUAAUAAUGAAUACAUUGUACAAAAAUCCCAUAAUACAUUAUAUCAUUCCUUACACAUGAUUCCAUGUGAAUCUGAAAUAAAAUCUUACAUUCAAAGUGUACAAGAUUUAAAUCUUGCCACUAGCAAUUUUAAUCAUAUCAAUCCGUCCAAUAGAUCAGAUCAAAUGAUCAAAAUGAAGGAAAGUGAAAUUCAAUUUCCUCGUUUACUUAAAUCACCAACAACCAGUGAUGAUUUUAAUUCAAUAUGCUCCACUAUAAAACAUCACAGGACAGGUUCACUAACUUUUUACUCAUGUCCACCACAUGAAACCUCUUCUCACUGUUCCAUGGAUCCAAGUGCUAGUGCUUUUUGUUAAUCAUUCAUAAUAAAAGUACAAUAUGUAUAAAAAAUUUAUUAUGAAAAA